GCAGCAAAGCGAGGAGCGGGACACAGUUUUGGAGAUGAUGAAAUAGCAAAGGAAGAGCUGACAAUCAUCGGAAGGUGAAUGGCAAUGGGAAGAAGUGUUGCAUGUAGCCAUGACUUGAACCCACUAGUGUUGUCAUUGUGACCGACACUGCUGCUUGGGUUGUGCUGCUGCUGUUGCUAAGCAAAGCCUCUUAUAGCUGAAGUUCGUCGGGGAAACGGUGUUGAGCAUCACUCUACAGUCAUGAAAGGAAGCUCGGAGGAAAGCAUUGCAAGCGCCAGGCCAUCCAACUUGCAAGCUUUCGCUAACAUAUCCACCCUACAUGGCAUAAGUCACAUAUUCGCCUACGGGCACAUGACAUUCCGACGGUUCCUCUGGACUCUCUCCUUCCUCGGCUCGUUGUGCUUAUUGCUGUUGGUGUGCAUAGACCGAGUGUCCUACUACCUGGAGUACCCUCACGUCACCAAGCUGGACGAGGUGGCGGCGACGAACCUCACCUUUCCCGCCAUCACCCUCUGUAACCUCAACGAGUUCCGUUUUACCAAAAUCACCAGGAACGACCUUUAUCACGUUGGGGAGCUUCUCGCCCUCCUCAAUAAUAACCACCAAAUAGCCAACCCACACUUGGCGGAACCAGAGGUACUCGCCGCCCUUAAGGAGAAGGCUAACUUCCAUAACUUCAAGCCCAAAUUGUUCAACAUGACUGACUUCUAUAACCGCACGGGUCAUGACAUUGGCGACAUGCUACUGCAGUGCACCUUUCGAGGGGAUGAUUGCUACUCGGUGAACUUCACCACGAUCUACACACGCUACGGAAAAUGCUACACUUUCAACUCGGGAUUAGACGGCAACCCUCUGUUGACCACGCUGAAAGGAGGCACUGGGAACGGCCUGGAGAUCAUGCUGGACAUUCAGCAAGAUGAAUACUUACCUGUGUGGGGGGAUACAGACGAGACCUCCUACGAAGCGGGAAUCAAGGUUCAGAUCCACAGCCAGGAUGAGCCGCCCUUCAUUGACCAGCUGGGAUUUGGCGUGGCCCCUGGUUUUCAAACUUUUGUGUCAUGUCAGCAGCAACUGCUUCAGUACCUCCCUCCCCCUUGGGGAGACUGCAAGUCUACUCCCAUCGACUCAGAGUACUUCUCCACCUACAGCAUCACCGCUUGCCGCAUUGACUGUGAAACCCGCUACCUGCUGGAGAACUGCAACUGCAGAAUGGUUCACAUGCCCGGGACCUCAACUGUGUGCACACCUGAGCAGUACAAAGACUGUGCUGACCCUGCCCUAGACUUUUUGGUAGAGAAAGACAACGAUUACUGUGUGUGUCAGACCCCCUGCAACAUGACUCGCUAUGGCAAGGAGCUGUCCAUGGUUAAGAUCCCCAGUAAGGCAUCUGCUAAAUAUCUGGCUAAGAAAUUCAACAAAACUGAGCAAUAUAUUGGAGAAAACCUAUUGGUUUUGGACAUCUUCUUCGAAGCUCUGAAUUAUGAGAAGAUCGAGCAGAAAAAGGCCUACGAAAUAGCCGGGCUUCUCGGUGACAUAGGAGGUCAGAUGGGGCUGUUUAUAGGGGCCAGCGUGUUAACAAUACUGGAGAUAUUCGACUACCUAUAUGAGGUGUUCAAGGACAAAGUUUUGGGUUACUGCAUGCGCAAGAAGCGACCACAGCGCUGCCAAAGUGACAACCUGGAGUUUCCAGAGACCCCAAGCAGCCCUGGUGUCACGCCUAAUCAUGCCCCCAGAGCACCUGUGACACCCUCCGGAGUCACUCGGACAGUCUCGGAUUCACGCCGAACAUGUUACCUCGUCACCCGACUCUAGGCAACUUUGAGGAGUUUGCUUGUUGAUGGCGUGACUUGACGUGUCCAUCCAAACUGUGAAAUACCUUCCAUGUUUAUCAGAACCAAGUGUAUAGUAGACUUGAUCGAUGCCUGAAUAGAAAUAGAAUACUAUCAUUAGCGGAGGACAAACAGGAACAUUACCAAGACACAACUCAGGUUUAACCACAGUAUUCACUCAUUCAUCUCCUCACACCUCCACUUGAAGUAGUACCACAGUACAGUACUACUAAAGUCAUGAAAUAACUGUUUUGUGUACUAUCUUAAUUAUUAAUGGUUGCCUUUUAGCUUCAACAAUGCUUCUUGCUAAUCAGAAAACUGUGACUAAAACCCCAGAGGUAGAACAAUUUAAACAUGUAUUGUGAGAUUGAGAAUGGGAAGGUUGAAAACUUUACAAGGCUUUUACUUUCAUUUCAAAGAAGGAGCAUUUUCUUUGCCUUCAAUAAUGUGUCUUAAGUUUAU